CAGACAUGCUCAGUACGAAGCUCACGCGCAGACAUGGCAGAAGAAGCUCCCGCAGCUGCACCGGCAAAAGCCCCGGCCAAGGCUCCCAAGAAGAAGUCCGCUCCCCGGGCUAAGAAGGAGGGACCCAGCCUCCCUAAGCUCAUCGUCGCCUCCGUGACAGAGUCGAAGGAGCGCAAGGGGACGUCGCUGGCGGCCAUAAAGAAGUACCUGACCGCCAAAAAUGUGGACGUACCCAAGGCCAACAAGCGGAUCAACACCGCUGUCGCCAAACUGGUGGAAAAAGGCAUCCUCAGUCAGGUGAAGGGCACCGGGGCUUCCGGUUCCUUCAAGCUUGCUAAGAAAGAACCUAAGGUCGCGAAACCAGCGAAGAAGAAGGCUGCCAAGCCCGCGAAGAAGGCUCCCGCCAAAGCCAAGAAGCCCGCGGUGAAGAAAGUGGCCACCCCGAAGAAGUCUCCGGCCAAGAAGGCUGCGAAGAAAGUGGUGAAGAAGAGUCCCAAGAAGGCUGCUCCCAAGAAGCCCAAGACUACAGCCAAGAAGCCCAAAUCCCCCGCUAAGAAGGCCGCUCCGAAAAAGGCCAAAGCCGCAAAGAAGCCCGCAAAGAAAACUGCGCCAAAGAAGGCCAAGAAGUAGAAACUCCUCCCGCACUGAGUGCAUCAAAGGCUCUUUUCAGAGCCACCACAGCCUCCGCUACGAGCUCCUCAUUGUGUGUGUGUGUGUGUGUGUGUGUGUGUGUGUGUGUCACCACGCCAGGGAGCCACAGGCUGCACACUCAGCUUUACACUCAUGCUCACCUGUGUCUCCACAUGCAGAGUAAAUGUGAUGGAGACUGAGCUGGUUCAGGUAGAAAAUACUGGUCUCCCAGUUCAGCCCACUGAAGGGGAAAAUACAAGUACAAUUGUCAGAGCAUUAGAAACAUUUGUAUGAGUUUCAGCCUUACGUCAGUAAAUCCGAUAAUUGACUAGACAGUGAUUGAUCAAUGAUACUUUCAGAUAUGAAACCUGAAUUAUUGAGUCAGUGCUGCAAAUAUUUCCAGUUUAUUCUCCAGGAGCUGAUGCAUGCACUGAAGCUGUGGAUGACUUUGUUUUCUUGGUUUAUUACCUGCUGUUGUUGAAGGUGUACGAUAUGGGGAGUUCACUAUUGAUAAUUGAAAUUAUUGUAUGUUGUGUGUUUAAAGUUAAAUUUGAAUUAGCCCCGCCCCCAUCUCAAAGACUUGUAGACUUCACAACGACUAUAAGCACUAUGCAAUAACCCACACUGUACAUGUAUGUAACACUAUGUAUGUACUUUUUCUUUUUCCAGAUUUGUGUUUGUACAUCUUAUAUUUUUGAAUGCUGUUCGUAUGUAUAUCGUGCUGCUGAAGCUGUGCACCCCCCGCAUGUUUGCAGUAGUAUGAGGCGCUGUCUCAGUGAACAUCUGUAUAGUAACAAUA